CUGAACUUUCAACUCUGAAUUAGUUUCUCGUGGACUUUGUAUCACCAAGCAAAGAGAUCUCAAUUUUUCGGCUGCCGGACACCCCCGUAAGAAGACAUCAUGACACUUAAGUUCUGUGCUAACAUCUCCUGGAUGUUCCGGGAGGCGGGAGCGGUGCCGCUGCGGUACGGGGCCGCGGGUCGGGCCGGCUUCCGCGGAGUGGAGGCCGCCUUCCUGUACGAUCAUCCCAUGGAAGAGGUGGUCAAAGCCAAGGAGGAGGCGGGGGUGGAGCAAGUUUUGAUCAACAUGUUCCCGGGAAACCUAGCCGACGGCGAGCUUGGCCUUGCAGCUUUGCCGGGGAGGCAGCAGGCCUUUAAAGACGGCCUGGAACUGUCGAUCAAAUACGCGAACGCCCUUAAUUGCAAGCGGAUGCACUUAAUGGCAGGUCGCGUACCGGUGGACUGGAGUAGGGAGGCCGCCCUGCCCAGCAUGGAGGAGGCGUUUGUGGAGAACCUGAAGUUCGCUGCCACCAGGCUGGAGAAGGAAGGCAUCCUCGCACUGAUCGAGCCCAUCAACUCCAAAAUGACGGAUCCGAAGUACUUCCUUAACACCCCUCAGCAGGCGCUGGGGAUACUACAGAAAGUCGGCCACAAGAACGUCAAGCUGCAGAUGGACUUCUUCCACCAACAGAUCAUGGACGGGAACCUCACCAACAGCAUCAAGGAGUACCUCCCGCACAUCGGCCACAUGCAGAUAUCCCAGGUGCCGGGCAGGGGAGAGCCGGACACGGACGGGGAGGUGAACUACGGGUACGUGUUCGGUGUGUUGGAGAGUGUGGGGUAUGACGGGUGGAUAGGGCUGGAGUACAACCCUGCCGGGGACACCGUUACCGGGCUGGAGUGGUGGAGGAAGUACAUGAGCAAGGCCAAAUGAUUCUAGCCUGAUUAAUCACUCUCCUGGCGUCACACCGGACUGACAGUCCCAUAGCCUCUGGCAGCAAGAGAUUGAACAGCAAAAAAAAUGGUUCUUAUUAGCAGCAAAGCUGCCUGCCAGAGUGUGUAGGCUGAUGAAAAGGGUUAUUUCAGCUUUAUGUUGUUAUGAGAUAUGCUCAGCCUGCCAAGACACAAACAAUCAAGACCUAUACAGACAGUGUGAACUCAAAUUUCUUUUCUUACAAUCAAGAAUGGAAACACAGGAACGAAAUAGAAACCACACGUGAUAGUAGUUACUACCUGUUAAUAAGGUAGUAACUCCCAUACCAUUCCAGUUCAUUGGAAGACAAUUGUACUUGUACAUAAAGAUGUAACUUUUAAUUGUCUCACAACAAAAAUUAUUGUAGUCAUAAUGUACAAAUGGGAUGCUUUGCAAAUUUGCUUCAGGAUAUUUCCUCAAUAAAUGAUGUAUUAAUUACA